ACGGAGACAGAAAAUAAGACAAAGUAUUCCUCUAGUGUAGUGAGCCGCAGUAAGUAACCGCCUGGGCUCUGGGACCGGAGGCAGCGCUGCUGCGCGUAGUGACUGGCGGCCGGCACCUCCAGGGGGCGCUCUCCGUAUUGGUAAUAAGCAGCCACCAUGGAGCAGAUCCAGAAUCUCUUCAGGAAAGGUGUCUUGUCCCACCUGGAGCAGCUGGAGACACUGUCACGUACCCUGGCGGAGAAGCAGGAGCAGUGCCGGGGGCAGGCGGAUGUCCUGCAGCAGAAGGAAGCCACCGUUCUCCGGCUACAGAAGGAGCGAGAUGAGCUGCGGGGCAUGGUCAGGCUUCAGGAGGAGGAGAUCCAGGCACUGACCGCAGAGAAAGAUGGAGGCUCGCGUGCAGGGCAGAGCACGCAGGAAGUCUUGCAGGAGAUGCGGGCGGCUGAAAUGAGGAGCAUCUUGGAGGCGCUCUGGUUCACAGGGAUCAGUGGGAAGAUGACGGACAACGGAGUAUGUUUCUGCAUCAGCACAGCCUUUGAGGGCACUUACCUGGACUCUUACUACCUGCAAGUGGACAACCUGAAGAACCCAAGGAUUGGCCGCCACUCCAUCCCAGCGUUCAUCCCUCUGGGAGACAUCGCCAAGACGCACCUACAGCCGGACAUGAAGAAAUUCCUCUCUGUUCUGUUUGAUUAUUUAAAUGGCUACGAGGGGAGAAAAUACCAGGCGGACCGGCUCCAGGAAGCCCCGGCCACGUACAUCUCUGGGACCCUGCAGAGCAAUUCUCUGUAUACGGUGCUGUCCUUCAGCUACUACGCCAAGGCAGACGGCGGGAUGAGCUGCUUUGCCGCAAAAUUAGUGUACGGUGACAUUACUCGCAUUCUGCCAACAGAGGCGCUGAUCACAUGUUCAGAUAAUAGCGCGUCUCGCGAAGACACAAUGGCGUCUCACUCCGCCCUGUUUUGCAACAAACCUCUUCACAGAGCAGCGGAGUCACUGGGGUCAUAGGGCAGGAUGCCGGAACUAUAGAAAUCACAAAAUAUGGGCCCUCUGAGGAGCCGCAACGUGUGGACAUGUUGGACAGAUGACCUUGUUGCAAGGCUUUCAUUGUCCCUUCCAGUCUCGUGUGCUUCGUUAGGAGACAAAUAGUUAUUUGUUAAUGUGACGUAACGAGUACGAAGUCACGGAGCUGAGAAAUCUAUCAGCCAGAAGUUAUAAUAUAAAAAUCCUUUCAGUGGCAUUGCAGGGAGCGCCCUCUUGUGGCUGCAUCUCAAACCAUUCAUUGCACGUUUUCUUCAGUUUCUAUUGUAUUACGUUACAGUUUUUGAUGAGACUUUUCAUAUAUAUUUCAUGGAAGAUCUAAAGAGGAUUUACCGGAGCUGAGCUGUAGAGGUAUAUAGGUUAUAUCUUUUUAUAAUUUGCUUUAUGUUGGAAAAUAAAUUCAUAUUACAUUCA